AUGAAGAGAAGCAGCACUCUCCUGUUAGUGGCCCUCACUGUGCUCUCCACCUGUGGGCUGGCCAAAGGGGAAGACGACAGUGAAUUCUUCAUGGAGUUCCUGCAAGUGCUGCUGGUUGGAAGCCCAGAAGAGCUCUAUGAGGGGCCACUGGGCAAGUACAAUGUCAACCAGAAUGCCAAGGAGGCACUGACAAAGCUCAAAUCCUGCAUUGAUGAUCUGCAGCCCAACCACAAGGCGGAGCUGGUGCAGUUGCUGGAGCAAGUUCUGGGCAAUGAGAAUGAUGCCUGA